UGAAAAUGAAGAAGAGUUUUGGAAAAACUCACUCAGUUGUCCAGCUUCUCCUUAUUCUUUGGAUGACAUCCCUCAUCCACAUUGCAGUUGGGGAUUAUUCAGCAACUUAUCUUCCGGAAGGCGAAUCACAUUUCAUCUCCUUUCCACACACCUCUGAAAUACGGUUGUAUGAAGCAACCUUGCUACAAACAAACGCCACGAAUGGAUUUCAAGUUGUGCUUCAAAAUUUGCGAAUCUAUGAUGAUGAUAGUAAAGUCCAAAUAGGAACAGGUAACGACCCAUCUGAUAUACGGUCUGUUAUCACAACUAUCCGUGGACAUACACACGACGCUCUUGAUCAUGUUUAUGUAGAUAACAAUGAGAUGUGGUUUGCCGCCAUAGGAUCAGGGCUAGACCACGGUGUUGGUAUUACUGCCAUUGAUUUGCUGAAUUUCUUUCCUUGUUUGGGAUCGAUCAUGAACGUGUCAGUAACGUUAGUUUGCGAUGGAUAUUACGACUGUGACAAUUAUGAGGAUGAAUCAUCAUGUAAUUAUUCAGCAACUUAUCUUCCGGAAGGCGAAUCACAUUUCAUCUCCUUACCAGACACCUCUGAAAUACGGUUGUAUGAAGCAACCUUGCUACAAACAAACGCCUCGAAUGGAUUUCGAGUUGUGUUUCAAAAUGUGCGACUCUCUGAUGAUAGUAUAGUCCAAAUAGGAACAGGUAACGACCCAUCUGAUAUACAGUCUGUUAUCACAACUAUCCAUGGAUAUACACACUACGCUCCUGAUCAUGUUUAUGUAGAUAACAAUGAGAUGUGGUUUGCCGCCAUAGGACCAGGGCAAGACAGUUAUUUCCGAAUGGGUGUUGGUAUUGCUGCCAUUGAUUUGCUGAAUUUCUUUCCUUGUUUGGGAUCGAUCAUGAACGUGUCAGUAACGUUAGUUUGCGAUGGAUAUUACGACUGUGACAAUUAUGAGGAUGAAUCAUCAUGUAAUUAUUCAGCAACUUAUCUUCAGAAGGGCGGUUCACAUUUCAUCUCCUUACCAACCACCACUACAACACGAUUGUAUAUCGCAACCUUACUACAAACAAACGCUACAAAUGGAUUUCGAGUUGUGUUUCAAGACGUCCCGUAUCUCGAAAAUGAUGAUAAUAUAGUCCAAAUAGGGAUAGGUAACGAUCCGUCUGACAUACAGUCUGUCAUCAUAACUAUCCAUGGAUACACAAGAUACGCUCCUGACGAUGUAUAUGUAUAUAACAAUGAGAUGUGGAUUGCUGCCAUAGGAGCAAAGAGUGACUCCGAGCUUAAAAUGGACGUUGAGAUCAUUUCCAUUGACCUAUCAACCUUACUUGCCUGUUCAGGCUCCAAGAUGAUCGUGUUACCGACUCUCCUUUGCGAUGGACUUUACCACUGCGAUCAUUACGAGGAUGAAUUAGCAUGCAAUUAUUCAGCAACAUAUCUUGAGGUAGGCGAAUCAUAUUUCAUCAACAUGUAUUCCUACGAACGACUAUACAAUGUAACCUUGCUACAAACAAACGCUAUGAAAGGAUUUCGAGUUUUUUUCCAAGAUUUUCUACUCUAUUCUGAUGCUGAAGUCAAAAUAGGGACAGGUAACGAUCCGUCUGACAAUCAGUCUGUCAUCACAACUAUCCACGGAAGUGUACCUUACGCUUAUGAUGUCUAUGUAGAUACCAAUGAGAUGUGGUUUGUUGCCAAAGGAGGAAAGGAUAAAUCCCCUGUUGUAUUGGAUGUUGAGAUCAUUUCCAUUAAGCUAUCAGCCUUUUUUUAUUGUUCGAGCUCCAACAUGAGCGUGUCACCAACUGUCCUGUGCGACGGGCUUUACCAAUGUGAUCAUUACGAGGAUGAAUCAGCAUGCGAUUACUCAUCAACAUAUCUUGAGGAAGGCGAAUCUUAUUUUAUCUACAAACCGAUCUCCACCUUUAACAGCCGAUCGUACAAGGUAACCUUGCUACAAACAAACGCUAUGAAAGGAUUUCGAGUUGUGUACCAACAUUCGUCUUACUACUUUCAUGGUAAGGCGAUGUUAGGGACCGGUAACGACCCAUCUGAUAGUCAGUCUGUCAUCACCAUUUUCAACAAAGAUACAAAUUACGAUCAGGAUGUCUAUGUAAAUACCAAUGAGAUGUGGUUUGCUGUCAUAGGAACGAAGAGUACCCUCUCGCGGUUUGACAUUGAUGUUGAGAUCAUUUCCAUUGACCUAUCAACCUUUUUUUAUUGUUCGAGCUCCAACAUAAGCGUGUCAACAACUGUCCUGUGCGAUGGACUUUACCACUGCGAUCAUUUCGAGGAUGAAUCGGCAUGCAAUAAUUUAGCUACAUAUCUGCAGAAAGGCGAAUCACAUUUCAUCAACAUACCGCUCACCCGCACUAGCCGAUGGUUCAAUGCAAGCUUGGUACAAACAAGUACUAUGUAUGGUUUUCGAAUCGCGUUUCAAUAUAUGGAUCUAAGCUAUGAUGAUGAAGUCCAAAUAGGGACAGGUAAUGAUCCGUCUGAUAUACAAUCUGUCACCACAACUAUCCAUGGAGCCAUAGACUACGCUCCUGAUGAUGUCUAUGUAGGUACCAAUGAGAUGUGGUUUGCUGUCAUAGGAGGAAAGAGUUACUCCAGGCUUCAGGUGGAAGCUGAGAUCAUUCCCUUUGACUUAUCAAUUGACUGUUCUGGUAGCAACCCAUGUCAGAACGGAGGUACCUGUGAGGACAAUGCAUGUACAUGUGUCGCGGGUUUUAAUGGAGUUGUUUGUAGUACAGUUGACUGUUCUGGGAGCAACCCAUGUCGGAACGGAGGUACCUGUAAGAACAAUGCAUGUAAAUGUGCUGCAAGAUUUAAUGGAGCUUUGUGUGGUACAGUUGACUGUUCUGGGAGCAACCCAUGUCGGAACGGAGGUACCUGUGAGAACAAUGCAUGUACAUGUGCUGCGGGAUUCGAUGGCGCUUUGUGUGGUACAGUUGACUGUUCUGGGAGCAACCCAUGUCGGAACGGAGGUACCUGUAAGAACAAUGCAUGUAAAUGUCCUGCAAGAUUUAAUGGAGCUUUGUGUAGUACAGUUGCCUGUUCUAGGAGACACCCAUGUCGGAACGGAGGUACCUGUGAGAACAAUGCAUGUACAUGUGCUGCGGGAUUUGAUGGAGCUUUGUGUGGUACAGUUGACUGUUCUGGGAGCAACCCAUGUCGGAACGGAGGUACCUGUAAGAACAAUGCAUGUAAAUGUCCUGCAAGAUUUAAUGGAGCUUUGUGUAGUACAGUUGCCUGUUCUAGGAGACACCCAUGUCGGAACGGAGGUACCUGUAAGAAAAAAGCAUGUAAAUGUGCUGCGGGAUUUAAUGGAGAUUUGUGUAGUACAGUUGACUGUUCUGGGAGCAACCCAUGUCGGAACGGAGGUACCUGUGAGAACAAUGCAUGUACAUGUGCUGCGGGAUUUGAUGGAGCUUUGUGUAGUACAGUUGACUGUUCUGGGAGCAACCCAUGUCGGAACGGAGGUGUCUGUGAGAACAAUGCAUGUACAUGUGCUGCGGGGUUCGAUGGAGCUUUGUGUAAUCAGGGCAUGUGAGUUAAAGUCUCACCUCCCUGGUGUAAUACAGGUUAGAAAAUACAUUGUAACAUAUUGUUAUGUAGUAGUUGUAUCAGGGCUCAC